GCUGCGCCGGGCGGGGGCGGCGCCGGGGCCGCGCCUGUAGGACCUCAGGGCCGGCGCGGCGAGAUGGGGACCCGGCGCGGGGAGUGAGGUGGCGGCGGCGGCGAGCGGAACUUCAGCCAGAGGGGCACUCCCGCUUCCCCCUCUGGCUCGUCAGCUUCCACCUGCAGCCCCUCGGCCCUCGCGUGCCGCGGGACCGGGACGGCGACGGCGGGGUAAUGUGGCGCUGGGUUCGGCAGCAGCUGGGUUUUGACCCACCACAUCAAAGUGACACAAGAACUAUUUACAUAGCCAACAGGUUUCCUCAGAAUGGCCUUUACACACCUCAGAAAUUUAUAGAUAACCGGAUCAUUUCAUCUAAGUAUACUGUGUGGAAUUUUGUUCCAAAAAAUUUAUUUGAACAAUUCAGAAGAGUGGCAAACUUUUAUUUUCUUAUUAUAUUUUUGGUUCAGCUUAUGAUUGAUACACCUACCAGUCCAAUUACCAGUGGACUUCCAUUAUUCUUUGUGAUAACAGUAACCGCCAUAAAGCAGGGAUAUGAAGAUUGGUUACGACAUAACUCAGAUAAUGAAGUAAAUGGAGCUCCUGUUUAUGUUGUUCGAAGUGGUGGCCUUGUAAAAACUAGAUCAAAAAACAUUCGGGUGGGUGAUAUUGUUCGAAUAGCCAAAGAUGAAAUUUUCCCUGCAGAUUUGGUGCUUCUGUCCUCAGAUCGGCUUGAUGGUUCUUGUCACGUUACAACUGCUAGUUUGGAUGGAGAAACUAACCUGAAGACACACGUGGCAGUUCCAGAAACAGCAGUAUUACAAACAGUUGCCAGUUUGGACACUCUUGUAGCUGUGAUAGAAUGUCAGCAACCAGAAGCAGACUUGUACAGAUUCAUGGGAAGAAUGAUAAUAACUCAGCAAAUGGAAGAAAUUGUAAGGCCUCUGGGGCCAGAGAGUCUCUUGCUUCGUGGAGCCAGGUUAAAAAAUACAAAGGAAAUUUUUGGUGUUGCUAUAUACACUGGAAUGGAAACAAAGAUGGCAUUAAAUUACAAGAGCAAGUCACAGAAACGAUCUGCGGUAGAAAAGUCAAUGAAUACAUUUUUGAUAAUUUAUCUAAUAAUCCUUAUUUCUGAAGCCAUCAUCAGUACUAUCUUGAAAUAUACAUGGCAAGCUGAAGAAAAAUGGGAUGAACCUUGGUAUAACCAAAAAACAGAACAUCAAAGAAAUAGUAGUAAGAUUCUGAGAUUCAUUUCAGACUUCCUUGCCUUUUUGGUACUCUACAAUUUCAUCAUUCCAAUUUCAUUAUAUGUGACAGUCGAAAUGCAAAAAUUUCUUGGAUCAUUUUUUAUUGGCUGGGAUCUUGAUCUCUAUCAUGAAGAAUCAGACCAGAAAGCUCAAGUCAAUACUUCUGAUCUGAAUGAAGAGCUUGGACAGGUGGAAUAUGUGUUUACAGAUAAAACUGGCACAUUGACAGAAAAUGAGAUGCAGUUUCGGGAGUGUUCAAUUAAUGGCAUAAAAUACCAAGAAAUCAAUGGUAGACUUGUCUCUGAAGGACCAACACCAGACUCUUCAGACGGAAACUUAUCUUAUCUUAAUAGUUUAUCCCAUCUUAACAACUUAUCCCAUCUUACAACUAGUUCUUCUUUUAGGACCAGUCCUGAAAAUGAAACUGAACUAAUUAAAGAACAUGAUCUCUUCUUUAAAGCAGUCAGUCUCUGUCACACUGUACAGAUUAGCAACGUUCAGACUGAUGGCAUUGGUGAUGGUCCCUGGCAAUCCAACCUUGCACCCUCCCAGUUGGAGUACUAUGCAUCUUCACCAGAUGAAAAAGCUCUAGUGGAAGCUGCUGCAAGAAUUGGCAUUGUAUUUAUUGGCAAUUCUGAAGAAACUAUGGAAGUUAAAACACUUGGAAAACUGGAACGGUACAAACUGCUUCAUAUUCUCGAAUUUGACUCAGAUCGUAGGAGAAUGAGUGUGAUUGUUCAGGCACCUUCAGGUGAGAAGUUUUUAUUUGCUAAAGGAGCUGAAUCAUCAAUUCUUCCUAAUUGUGUAGGUGGAGAAAUAGAAAAAACCAGAAUUCAUGUAGAUGAAUUUGCUUUGAAAGGGCUAAGAACUCUGUGUAUGGCCUAUAAACAGUUGACAUCUAAAGAGUAUGAGGAAAUAGAUAGACGUCUCUUUGAAGCCAGAACUGCCUUGCAACAACGGGAAGAGAAAUUGGCAGAUGUCUUCCAAUUCAUAGAGAAAAAUCUGAUAUUACUUGGAGCUACAGCAGUGGAAGACAGGCUACAAGAUAGAGUUCGAGAAACUAUUGAGGGAUUAAGAAUGGCUGGUAUCAAAGUAUGGGUACUAACCGGAGAUAAACAUGAAACAGCUGUUAGUGUGAGUUUAUCAUGUGGACAUUUUCACAGAACCAUGAACAUCCUUGAACUUAUAAACCAGAAAUCAGACAGUCAAUGUGCUGAACAAUUGAGGCAGCUUGCCCGAAGAAUUAAAGAGGAUCAUGUGAUUCAGCAUGGGCUGGUGGUAGAUGGGACUAGCCUGUCUCUUGCACUCAGGGAGCAUGAAAAACUAUUUAUGGAAGUUUGCAGAAAUUGUUCAGCUGUACUGUGCUGUCGUAUGGCACCACUGCAAAAAGCAAAGGUAAUAAGACUGAUAAAAAUCUCACCUGAGAAACCUAUAACAUUGGCUGUUGGUGAUGGUGCUAAUGAUGUAAGCAUGAUACAAGAAGCACAUGUUGGCAUAGGAAUCAUGGGUAAAGAAGGAAGACAAGCUGCAAGAAACAGUGACUAUGCAAUAGCUAGAUUUAAAUUCCUCUCCAAAUUGCUUUUUGUUCAUGGUCAUUUUUAUUAUAUUAGAAUAGCUACCCUUGUACAGUAUUUUUUUUAUAAGAAUGUGUGCUUUAUCACACCCCAAUUUUUAUAUCAGUUCUACUGUUGUUUUCUCAACAGACACUGUAUGACAGCGGUGUACCUGACUUUAUACAAUAUUUGUUUUACUUCCCUACCUAUACUGAUAUAUAGUCUGUUGGAACAGCAUAUAGACCCUCACGUAUUACAGAGCAAGCCUACCCUCUAUCGAGACAUUAGUAAAAACCGUCAACUAAGCAUUAAAACAUUUCUUUAUUGGACCAUCCUGGGUUUCAGUCAUGCCUUUAUUUUCUUUUUUGGAUCCUAUUUUCUAAUUGGAAAAGAUAUAUCUCUGCUUGGAAAUGGCCAGAUGUUUGGAAACUGGACAUUUGGCACCUUGGUUUUCACAGUCAUGGUUAUUACAGUCACAGUCAAGAUGGCUUUGGAAACUCAUUUUUGGACCUGGAUCAACCAUCUUGUUACCUGGGGAUCUAUUAUAUUCUAUUUUGUAUUUUCUUUGUUUUAUGGAGGGAUUCUCUGGCCAUUUUUGGGCUCCCAGAAUAUGUACUUUGUAUUUAUUCAGCUCCUAUCAAGUGGUUCUGCUUGGUUUGCCAUAAUACUUAUGGUUGUUACAUGUCUACUACUUGAUAUUGUGAAGAAAGUAUUUGAACGACAACUCCAUCCUACAAAUACUGAAAAGGCACAGAUGGAAGAAGAUAAGGGUUCAGUCAGCUCAGCAUAUGAAUUUGCUGAAAGCAAGCACAGAGGGGAGGACAGUAGGCACCUGCUAGCUGAGGCUUGCAGCCAGCAGGACAGUUCUUGCGUGCACUAGGUAGUACUGCGCUGGACCUGCCUGGGGACAUAUCCGCUAAGUUCUCAUGCUUGGGGCAUGCUGUGGGAGAACUGGCCUGACUCCUAGUUUUUAUUUCACUAAUCCUUCAUUGUUCCUCAUGUGUUUACUGUUUUUGUUGACUUGUCUUCCUUUUUUGUGAUCUUCACAUUUUUUUAUGUCCAUCUCUGAAUAUUUUACUAGUCUCUCUUUGGAGUUACAGUGUUAAAUCCUACUUCACCUCAGAUUCUAACCUAGUAAGGUAUUCUCACAACCUAUUCAAUAAACUAUUCCUUUUUACUUCUUUUGAAAGUAUGUCAUGCUAUUUCUGUUAUUUCUGAAAUCAGUUUUCCCAUUUGAAGUGGUAGUUGUGCACCAUUUUAUGCAUCUUAAUACAGUUAGACACCAGAUUACUUGUCUAGGUCUGGAGUUAAAUGAUCAGAUGAGUGAGUGCUUAGAGGUACUGAAUAAUUUUCUGUUGACCGAUAGUCCUCAGAUUCUCACUUCUUUUCAUAAACUUUCCUGGUUAUAUCUUUGUCCUAAAAAAGUAUGAAUUGAUGAGGACUUGAUUCAUUCACCUCUUGAGGAGUAAAAUCCUGACAACCACUUCUAGACCUAAUUAGGAUAUGCAGAAUAUUUUGAUUGGUAGUAAUUAUGGAGGAUAAAAAUUCUCACUACUAAUAAUUAUAUUUUUACUUGGGUUAUUUGCCUUUUAUAUAUUAUAAUUAUUGGUCAGGAAGGUACUAUUGUCUCAUUUGGGAUGAAACCUCAUAAAUGGUGAAACUUUAAAACAAAGCUACUUGAAAAUUAUAAAUGUUAACUGUACCAUGGAAUCAGACCAUAGAACAAGUACGUAAUUUCAAAAAUCUGAAUUAUUCUGGGAGACAUAUUUUUAAAGUUAGAUUACUUUAGUGAACUGCUCUAAAUGAAAAAUGAUUAAUUAUUUCAUUGUUAUUAUUACUAUUAAUUGAAAAGAAAUUCAAAACAAUUCUCAACUUUUGUUUUGGGAUACUCUAUAUAAUUAUUUUUGGUAUUCUGGUAUUCUGCUUUGAUAAAUAUAGAAAAAUUCUUAACUUUUAAAAUAUGCCCUGAUUGAGCCACAAGGAAAACUCAGCUGACGAGGUCUCUGGGUAAAGAGGGGGAGCUGGCCUGGAUUUAUAUUAUGUCCUAGAUAAUCUACCAAACAGAUAAUCCACGUGGGACCUGAUUAGACUAAAACUAUAAAACUAUUCCUGUCCUUUGUGAUAAAAGUUCCCCAAAGGUUCAAGUUCAAGUGGAUAUUUCAUGAGACGUGGAUCUAGUCUGCUUUGCUUUCAUAUGUCCAUUAAAAUGUAUGAUACAGUUGAGAGUUGAGUUCUUAGAAUGCCCUAAUAACAGAGGCCUUGUUAUGAUUUCUUUUACAAAGGGGUGAUAAGUGAGUUUUCUCAUCAUCCUGUGAUAGUUGGUCUUUCUUCCUGUAAACAAGAUGAUAGAAGAACCCUGUUUCAGUGAAUAAACAAGAUGAUAGAAGAACACAGUUUCAGUGAAUAUGAUUUUAGUAAAAUUGCUGGGGGUGUUACCCUGAUCUGCAAUUUUUAUUUUAUUUUAUUUUAUUUUGCAUAUCACUUUCAUUGUUGAGUGAAAUAUACCUUGAAUAUUUUUCUUAUAUAGUUUUCUGCCUUUGGCAUGUAUUUUGAGAUAAAAAUCACUUCAAAAAAAUAAGUAUUAUAUAAUAUCCCUCUUCUGUUUUUUCUGCCUUAAAAUAGCAGUUGUUUUCCUCUAAUCAAAAUUUGGUCAGCUUUGUCAGAUCAGGCAGAGGAUGAUGCUGAGCCCUAAAUGUUGUCAUGGGCUAGGGCUUUCUAAUCAUCUCCCUCCCUUCCGCUGUCACCUGCCUCCUUGGCUUCCAUUGUUUUGUCAUUUCUCUGUCACUGGAUUCCUGGCCUGUUCUGGAUGCUCUCUUUCCAGCUGUGCUGUAAGGAUGUCAACAGGAUGUUAGGACUAUUGACCUUUCUCAUUGUGCACCUGGAUGCUUAAGCCCCUGCCUGAAACCUGCCACCACCCCAAACAAAAAAACAUUUUAAAUAGUUUCAGCCAACGAGUCACCUUCCUCUUCUGUGACAAAGAUGCUUCUAGCACUGUCUCAUUUAAUUAACAAAGAAGUGAACUACAAAGGAACAGAAAACCUUAAUGGCCUGUAUUCAGUUGUUUGCCACUAAAAGAUACACUUUUCUGAGUAAAAUUUCUGUGAGGAAAUAGAAUUGAACUUUUUAAAAAACAAAUAAUACUAAGGCUGCCAUGAGUAGCAGAACCUGGCUGCAUACCUGAUAAGUACAACACUUUACAAAAUUAAUGUUAUUUUCAAAUCUGUGCUGACUUAUUUGAGCAACUUUUUCAUCUGGAGGUUGAAAUGAAGAAAAAUAUUAGCGUUGACAUUAUUUCUACCAAACAGUUAUCCUCUGACAUUCUCUGGAUGAUUGAUACUUAAAAAACUGAAUCCUUAACAUCAGCUGUACCAUGGCUUAGUUCAUUAAUUAGUGCUAUUCUGAUUUACCCUCUCCAUGAAAAUUGGUGAUUUUUCCAUUUUUUACAGAUACGGAUACUCUUCUUCACUUAAAUUUCAAAUUCCUAGUCAGAUACUGUUAUUUAUGUUGCAGCCACCUCAUUAAAAUAAAGGGGACUCAGUCUUUUUGAAACUAGAAUAAACCAAAUUAUUAAAAUAAGCAUACCUGAUAGAUGUAAUUCUUACCGUAUGCUUAUUUUAAUAGUUAAAUUUAGGCAAUACAUACAGAUGUAAAUCUCCUUUCUGGAGAUACCUAAAGGACAGUAUGGAGGUAUUUAAAUUUAUAACCACCCAAAGCUGUUUGUUUUACUUGAGGAAAAGGAAAAGAGGGAAGGGAGCAUAGAGGAGUGAACGGGAGCUUGAGGCAUGUUUUGGAGAAACAGGCCUUGAGUAAGAGACAGCAGUCUUCCAAGUGCCAUCACCAAACAGCUCUUGCAAUUCUGAAUAAUGAGAUGAAGCCAUUAUUUGUUUUAGGGGUUUUAUUAUUCUUAACCAAAUUUGGAAAUUAGUAAUAUUGGAUGAUU